AUCUCUUGUCGCGUUGCAAGGCUGCGAUGCAGUGAUUUCGCUCUCGAAUUCCUGGCUGAUAGCAUGGGGAGGGGGAAAGAGACCGCUGCCUGGUCAGUCCGUCGUGUGUUUUCUUUCUUCCCUCUUGUUUGACUCUUCCUCUCUUGUGCGUCCUUUUCCUUGCCUGCCAAACUUCCAGUUGCGAGGCUCUGAGAGACAUGAUUCCAUGGGCAGCGCCAACCAGAUACGAAUUAAUCAAUCCCUUCUCUGCCGAUGCCGCCGCCACAGCAGGAGCUGACUUGGGCCACCUCGGCGGGAUGUGUCCGCAUCCAUGGAGGAGAGAAAGGAUUAAGAAAUGCAGGCAUGCCAAUCAACCCCCCGGUCUGGCAGCAGCGACCAAGCGCGAGGAAAAGAAAAAUUUAUGGCUGCCAACCAAGCAAGCGUCAAACAAGAGCUUCUCGGAUCCAGGAGAGAGAGAGAAUGGCGCUUCCUUUUCUCGGCCUUUUUAUAUAUAUUGUCUACGGGCUACGUAUGACUCUCCUCCAGCAAAUUGGUCCACCCUGUGCUGAAGCCAAAAGGGAAAACAAUUGCUAUAGCAUAUGGCAGGCAUGUUGUGGCUCGGCUCCUACAGGGAUUUAAAUACUCGCAGCCCCAGCUUCUUUAUUGGACGGACAAGAGGAGAGGGGACGGGCGGAGCCUUCUUUCCGCAUAGAUACGCGCAACUUUCAAUAACUUGGGGCAGGGAGCUAUAUAUUGUGCUCUAGGCGCGGAUAUGAUAAUGGCCUAGUCCAGCGUAUUGUGCGAGUUUCGGCUGGUGCCGCUCAAUGGGCAUGCCUUCCAAUCCUGGUACACACUGUGGGUCUUGGGCAACUCUUCAUGUGCUCGGGGAUUAAACAAGCGCUUAACAAACGCCGAAAAGUUGACAAUGACGAGGAAGGAACAACGACUGGUAAUCUUGCGGUACUAGCGCCAUCUGCGACCGGGAAUUCAUAUCUGAGGAGCUGGGAACUAGCUGUUACCGCAACAGUUUCUCCCUCUUUAUAAGGCAACCCGUGCUGUCUUCUCCACUUUGCUCGGGUCGGGUUAUGGAAGAAGCAGCAGCAGCAGCAGCAGCAGCAGGAGCAGCUCAAAGGCAAUCCUCUCUCAAAGCUCGUCGAUCAGUGAAGCCCAGGAACAGUAGCAGCAGCAAGAAAAGCGGAAGAAGGAACGUCCCGCUAAGUACCUGUGAUUUGGCAAUCCCGAAUGUGUACGCCAUGGCAAUCUACGCAUUCAAGGCACCCACCAGGCCUGGUGUGGUUGAGGAGCUGGAAAGGGGUCUGGCAGAGGCUUUGGACGAGUAUCCGGAAUGGGCAGGCAGGCUGUGCAAGGACUCUUCGUCCUCAUCUUCAUCAUCAUCGUCUUCUUGCUCCUCUGGUUUGAGCGGCAGCGUCGGCUCUAGCAAGGUGGUUAUUGAUCUCAAUGAUGACGGGGUUGCACUAAUGGAAGCAAGCAUGGACUGCUGUCUCCAGGAUUUGAUGCCUUUUAACCCAUGUCCCCUGCUUUUCCAGCUGGUUCCAGCUACGAAAUCUGUUGAAGAACUGCUCCUUGUCCAGGUGACCAGCUUCAAAUGUGGUGGCAUAGUUCUCGGCGUUGCCUGGCACCACCGUCUCGCAGAUGGACAGGCUUUCUUCAGCUUCAUGGACAACUGGUCUCGGCUCACCCGAGGCGCUCCACUGGCUUGCAGCCCGUUUCGCGAUAGAAGUGCAUUAAAUGCCGGGGAAACUGCUCAGCCGCUCCAGGAUGACUACUUGCUGCUGUCGCCUCCUCAGGUUCCAGCGCCGGCUCCGGACCCAGGUGCUGCCAAAACUCCUCCUCUCGCGGCGAGGAAGUUCCACUUUAGCAUGGAUUUGCUCCAGAGGAUCAAGAGAAGAGCCGGGGGAGACAGCUCUACGGACGAGCCGGCCUCCUCCACCACCAGAGGCGUCACAACUUUCGAGAGCCUGACCGCUCACUUGUGGCGGUGCAUCACCAAAGCCCGCGGCAUCACCGGCGACACCAAGACGCAGAUAAUGAUCCCCAUGAACGGGAGAAGCCGGCUGGAGCCGGCCAUCCCCGAGAGCUACUUCGGCAACGCGACUUUCAUGCCGUCGUCCGGGACCGAGGCCGGGGAGCUGACGAGCCGGCCACUGUGCUACGCAGCGCAGCUCGUCCACGGCGCCAUCGUCAAGGCCGACAGUAGCUACUUGCGCAGCGCGCUGGAACUUAUGGAGCUCCAGAACAGGAUGAUGAAAGACGAGGAGGUGGCGGAGGUGGUCGUCCCUCCCAGCAUGUCUCCUCACGUCGUGGUGACGAGCUGGGUGAGGUUCCCGCUCUACGACGUGGAUUUCGGCUGGGGAACGCCGCUCUACGUCGGCAACGUACUGGAUCUGUACGAGGGGAUCAUGAUCUUACUGCCAUCGCACACGCAGGACGGGAGCAUCGAUGCGGUGGUGGCUCUUUUCGAGCCGGAGAUCGAGAAGCUCCAGGAAUUGUGCUAUCGUGAUGAUCUUCUCUAGCGGCAUUCUCGGCGGAGCGAGGGAAGGACGAAGAGCUCCAGCCCAACGAAGAAUCGUGCCACCAGCGAUCGAAGAAGAAAGAAGAAGGAAUCAAAAACGCUUUGGCUUUGUAUACUAAACUUUUGUUCUUUCGAAUGAAGCAGGGCCGUCGAUGCAGUGCCAUCGGGACCGCACGUUUCUAAGUUUGUUUUGAAUCUGGCAUAUUCGUGCGCAUCUCUUCGCGGGGCAGAAUAUAGUUUAAAAAUUCUCUAAAUUUAUAUAUUCGGGAUAUUCGUCCGCAA